AUGGAAUCUCCAUACAAGAAACAAGUUGAUUAUCUCACAUCAAUGUUCCCUCAACUGGACGCUGAAAUUAUAGAAUCGAUUCUUGAAAGCUGUGAAGGCAGUGUCAAUAAAGCAACAGAUUAUUUGUUAAGAUUAGAUGAAGAAUCCUACAGUAAAAGCAGUCUAUCUAAUGAGCCUGAUCCUCCAAUUAUAAACGCACCAAAUCUGCCACCUCCAAUCCAAGCUCCCCAGCUUAAAAAAGCUGCCUCAGAACCUCCUAAAGUUCAUCAAGAGCCAAAUGUUGUUUUAAACGACGAUUUUUUAGAGCUUGGGGAUCCCGAUUCAGAAGAAGACAUUCCCAAUCAGGAACAAGAAGAGUAUCUAGAUCCGAUAGAGCAAGAAAGAAAACUGCAGCAAAUUAUUGAAGAGUCAAUCCUUGAAGCAAAUAAACAAGAAAAACAGAAAAAGCCUAAAAAAACACCUUUCGGACAGAGAUUUAAAGCUAAAGUUAAAAAAAUUUUUGGAAAAGAAGAGAAAAAAGUUGAAGAAAACAACCAGCCUGUAAAAGCCCAAAGAGAGCCUGCUAAAGCCCAAAAAGAGUCUUUUCCUCAUAUCAAUAAUGAAAUGACUGUAGAAACGAUUGAUGCUGAUGAAGAUGUGUAUAGGUUUUAUUCUCCAAAUAACCCAGCACUUGUCAAAGGAGAGAGUUUAAAUAAUCAAAAGCAUUAA